AGAACCGGUAUUUCCUAUAGAGACAUAGAGUAGAAAUAACUGUCGUAUGGGUCGGAGCAUCACUAACGCAAAGGCGAUUUUUAGGGGACUGUCGAAAAUUCUAAAAUAAAAUAUAAUUCCGCUAAAAUAUGCUAUCACGCGUAGCUUUGCGUUCAGCUGCGGCCCGACAGUCCGCCACUACAGCCUUGGUGGCGCGGGGCUCCGCCACCGACUCCGGCUUGAGGGAUGAGACAAACUUCCCACGUCCUGUCCGAGGUGAACCUGGCAAGGUCCGCCUUGGCUUCAUCCCUGAAGAAUGGUUCCAAAUGUUCCACUCCAAGACGGGUGUGACCGGCCCGUACGCAUUUGGUGUUGGUUUGACCACAUAUCUCUUCAGCAAGGAGAUAUAUGUAUUGGAGCACGAAUACUACACUGGUCUGUCUCUGCUCAUCAUGUGUGUAUUUGCCACCAAGAAGUUUGGCCCCGCUAUUGCCAAGUGGCUGGACAAGGAAGUUGAUGCCGUAGAAGAAAGCUGGAACGAAGGUCGCAAGCAGACCAUCCAGACCCUGGAAGAAUCCAUCAAGGAGGAGAAGACCUCGCAGUGGCGCGCCCAGGGCCAGGAGCUGCUCAUCGAAGCCAAGAAGGAGAACAUCAUGCUCCAACUCGAGGCCGCUUACAGAGAGCGUCUCAUGAAUGUUUACAGUGAGGUGAAACGUCGUUUGGACUACCAGUUGGAGAAGUCGAAGGUGGAGCGCCGGCUCGCACAGAAGGCGCUGGUGGACUGGGUGGUGCUCAAUGUGACCAAGGCCAUCACCCCCGACCAGCAGAAGAAGCACCUGAACGCGUGCAUCGCCGAUCUGGCUGCUCUCGCCGCCAGGAAGUGAACGUAGACGCUUCUAGUAGUUAUUUAUAUCCGUAUCUGUUAUUAUGUAAUAAAGUGAAUCAGUGAUAUGAUAA